UUAGCCUAAGCUGGCUUUGUUCGCCACGCUUCUUCUUUGUUGCGACGCAUAACAGCACACGUACACGAGAUUAGGUAAUUUAUUUUUAAAUAAUUUUUGUCAAAAAUGGCCCUUUCUGAGAAGAAAUCAUCACAAAAUAAAAGCAAAAGAAAACGAGAAGAAAAUUUAACCGAUAAAGAAGUCGUAGAAAAAGUAUCGAAAACAAAGAAACCGAAAGUUAGUAAUAAGAUUGAACACGUGUCAGAUGCAAAACAGCCAAAGACGAAUUUUUCGAUAAAAAGAAAAAGUAACAAACAAAAGAUUAGCGAAAAAAAAAUAAAUAUAAAUAAGACUACCAAAAAGAAGAAAAUUACUGAAGUAGUGAAGGUGAAGACCAUGAAGCUGAAUGAGAAGGAUAACGCAGAAAAUGUUGAAGCAAAAUUAUCAAAAAAUCAUAUACAACAGUGCAUUUCAGCAAUGUUCCAUUUAAUUGAAGAGCAAUUGAAGGGUAAAAAUGAUCUUCUUACUGACGAGGCUCAGCCAAUAUUCUUGCAAGUGACUUGUGUCAAAAUAGCCAAAGUACCUCAUAGAAACAUGAGAAUAUUAUUACCACAUUCUAUGGUAACAUCAGAUGACGAAGUUGCCCUGUUCGUAUGCGACUUAGAGAAAGGAAGGAGGAAAGAUUACGAACCAACUGUAGAGCAUUAUACAAAUCUACUCACUGAGCAUGGAUGCUCUCGAGUGAAUGAAAUAAUAUCUAUGACUCGUGUAAAAACAGAAUUUGAUCAGUUUGAACUAAAACGAAAACUCGCUGCCAGCUAUGAUUAUUUUCUCGCGGACAGUCGUAUAGUAGGUCACUUGUCUCACUUAUUGGGCAAGGAAUUUUCUACAAAACGAAAAUUACCGGUUGCUGUCAGAAUGAACAGCAAAGACUUGAAGCAUGAAAUUGACUAUGCUCUAAGGAAAACUAGCAUGACGUUGCAUUCUGAUGGCGACUGUCACAUAGUGCAGGUAGGAAACACAUUAAUGAAGCAAGAUGAGAUCUUGGAGAAUACACUGGUCAUCUGCAAAUACUUAUCCGAGAAUUAUCCUGGCGGUUGGGCGAACAUACGUUCUCUUCGGCUGAAAGGCGCGACCACUUUAGGAUUGCCGCUCUAUAUGACGCUGAAGGAUAAGAAUACAGUGGAACCACCAGUGGUAAAUCCAAAGAGGCCACACGCUUACCGCGAUGUAAAGGGAGAACUCUCAACAUUUGUGAGGGACACCGACGUUAUUGUUAAACCCGACGGUGAAGUUAUUGUCGAGCGAACCGCACGCAAGAAAGACAAAGGGAAAAAAUCGAGAUGAUACGUUAUGUACGAAUAUUCUGCUGGCAUUUUAUUUUGAAUAUAAUACAAAACAAAAACGUCAUUUCUAUUAGUGUUAUAUUAUGGAUUUCUGUAAUAUCUCUUAUGUAAUAUAUAUGUAUAAUAAUGCUCAUGAAA